UUUCUUUUCAAAACCUACGUUACCCACAAUACAACUCAGCCACUGGAGGCAAUUUAUCAGAUCACUAGCAGCCUCUUCUGGAGCCAGGAAAUACAGUCUGAUGCUUGAAAUUGGGAGGACUGAACACCACCAAACAACCAACAAAGAGCACUCUGUCGGUCCUGAGAGAGCGAUCGACUCGGCUGCGACGUCUUACUGACAAGUAUGGGACAGAACCAGGAUAAACUUGAAGGGGGAGAACAGGCUCUCAGUGGAGGAUCGGAGGAGGCGAGACCGAGCCCUGAGUCUGGAGGUGCAGGCAGUCAUACAGGUGAUGUCAUGGAGGGAGGAAGCUCCGGUGAGGAGGAGGCUGGUAACGGCAGGGAAAAUUCAGGGGAGCCAGACGCUCAUGAACUGGACGGGAGCCCCGGCUGGGAGCCAACAACACCUUCUAGCGAGAGGCAUAUAAAUUUGUGCGGGAGUUCUUCUGCUCAAAGGGAGGUGAGACAGGGAGGGGCUGCAGGAAAGGAGGGAGGAGGAGAAGGAGGCAGGACGGCUCGCCUGGUUCCACAGGAGACGGACGAGAAGCAAAUGAGUAGUGCGAGGGGUGAGCAGAGAACCAGAGCGUACAAGCUGCACAAUCAAGCAAAGAGGCAGCAGAAGAGGACUGAGAAGGAGUUUAACAAGAUGGAGUAUCAGGACGAGGGAACCGGCCCACGUGAGGAGACCCAGGAAGAAAACUUCUCAGCUGGAGUCUCGUAUGAAAGGUAUGGCCUUACUGUGACCUCAGAGGAUGCAAACUCACUUGGAGACACUGAAGAGGACCCUGUGAUGGUGAAAAUGAGAAGAUGUGGAGCUCAUGCUGGAAGUGAGUUUUUAAUGUCAGAUCAGAAUGAAACCAUCAUGGCUGAAGCUGCGGAUGAAGAUCUUAAGCUCUCUGCAGGAACAGUGGGCCGCUUGAGCGAGAGGAAGGGGCCGCCCUCGGCUCAACUCCAACAUCCUUUGAAAAACAGUCUGCAGAAAGAGUCUCUAUCAGACAUGAGUGAUACCAUUCAGUGCAGAGCUCCAAAAGAGAAAACAGAGAAUAACACAAAGGAGGAAAUGCUAACGUGUGAGGUGCAGCCAGUUUUUAAUGAAUACUCUUCGGCAAGACCAAAGGUCACUGACCCUGAGGAUCAGAGGGAGGCGGGGAGGCCUUAUCCACACAUACACAUGAAUGAAACAGACUCAAAUCCAGCCUCACCCAGUGAGCCCAGCUCUAUUCUGGAGAAGCUACUGAAGAGAAAUAGAAAGGAGAAGACCCCAGAAAUAGAUGACAAGGAUACCUCAGUUGGUAAUGCAAAGAGGAUCCCUGACACUGCAGCAACAGAGCUAUCUACUGAUGGAGUCGAUCAGUCAGAUGUAAAUACACCUCGAUCAGCAAGUGACAUGAAGGGGUUGAAAGAGAAACUUGCAGCGAAAGAUCAUCACAUUAAAGGCUCGGGCCUGAAGAAGACACCCUGUGCUGACACCUCAGAUGAUCUUCGCUCUCAGUCUGGAGUGAACAGAAAUACUACGUGUGAGAGCGCGCACACAAACUCACUUUAUGCCACAGCUGAUCGCCAGGGUUCAGAGAACAUCCACUCAACUGAUGCUUCAGUCAAGGAGGAGAAGCCAAAUAUAAGCCCCUAUACAAACAGGCCCUCAGACAACUUACAAUCAGCUGUUUCACAUGAAAGACCGUCAUGUGAUGCGAGUGGUGUGAUCGCUGAGGAAUCUGCACCUUCCUCACUGUCUGAUGCCAAGUCCCCACCCACAAACAAUGAUUGGCAAAUUGCGACAGACAAGACAGAGUCGACUACUGCAGGACCACAAGUAAAGAGUGACAGCGAGAGCAAAGCUGAGCCACUGUUCUCUGGAUCUGCAUGCUCGUCUGAUCGAUCAGUGAGAAGGAAGAAGGUGAAGGACUCCACCGAGGAGGCGGCUGCACCAGCUGUGGAUGCUGGGACAGCAGGCCUGAAGCAGGAUCCUCACAUGACACUUCACACUAAAAAUGUGGCAUCAGAGCAACCUUAUAAGAAACCUGUCAAAGAGAGCGACGACAGUGUCACAAUGAGAGAUAAAUCCCAAAGCACUCCCAAACCUCGGCCUGUCUCAGAGCUCAUAAAGGAAACAAUCCAACUGCAUGAAAAGCUGCAGCACCAAGACCGUCCAAAGUCAGUCGAAGUGAAGCCUGAUGAGCAGGGCCAGUCUGUGAAGGUGGCACAGAUGAAGGCGGCUUUCGACGCAGCUCAGAAAUCCCCAGACAGGGCCGUCGAGAGGAAGCCAUCCAUGAGAAAAGACCGUUGACCAAUGAAGUCUGCUUUCCUGGUCACUGAACCAUCAGAAUUUGGGCUGCUAGAUUCACCACAAACACUUGCAUCAA